GCGGCAGCGUGGGGCGUGAGGGAGAGCGCGGCGAGCCCUCGACCUCGCUCUUUUCGCUUUUGGCGGAGACUGGAGAGCGCGGCGGUCCCUUCUUUCUCUCUCUCCUUGUAGGCCUCGCUCCACAUCCGGGCAUCUUCCCAACGCCGCCAUCAUGGUGAAACUCGCCAAGAAUGUUAAACCUCCGCAGAAACUGAAAAAAAUGGCUGCCCUCCCUGCAAAGGAAGUUGAUGACAGUGAAGAAGAAGAUGACUCUUCUGAAGAGGAGGAAAGCAGCGAGGAAGAGAUGAUUCCUCAGAAGAAAGCCGCCACCCCAGGAAAAGCGGCAGCGGUUACGCCCAACAAAAAGGCGGCGGUGACCCCUGGCAAGAAAGCAACACCAGCGCCAACACCAGCCAAAAAGGCGGUGGUGACUCCGGCAAAGAAAGGCGCUGCGACUCCAGCAAAGAAGACCCCGGUCUCUGCCAAAGGAGCAAAAAAUGGAAAGAACGCCAAGAAAGAGGAGAGCGAAGAUGAAGAGGAUGAAGAUGAGGAGGAUGAGGAGGAGGAAGAUAGUGAGGAAGAAGAUGAGUCUGAAGAGGAAGCAGCCGUGCCAGUGAAAAAACCAACCAAGGCCCCCGUCGUAGCCAAGAAAGCCGCAGCGGUCGCUAAAGUAGCCAAGAAGGUCGCUCAAGAUGACGACGACGAAGAGGAUGAUGAGGAAGACGAUGAGGAUGAAGAGGAUGAGUCUGAAGACGAGCCCAUGGAAAUCACGCCAGCAAAGGGGAAGAAAGCGGCUGUGCUUGCAAAACCGGCACUCAAAAAAGCCACCCCUGCAAAGGCUGCCAAGGAAGAGUCUGAAGAAGAUGACGACGACGAGGAGGAUGACGAGGAUGAUGAGGAAGAUGAUGAAGACGAGGAGGAGGAAGAGGAAGAAAAAGUGCAAGAAACAUCUGGGAAGCGAAAGAAGGAGAUGGCAAAGCAAAAAGGCACUCCAGAUGCCAAGAAACAGAAAACCGAAGCUGCAUUCUCGGUCUUCCUUGGUAACCUGAACUCAAACAAGGAUUUUGAAGAACUGAAGUCAGGAAUCAGGGACUUCUUCACCAAGAAGGACAUCGAAGUCCAAGAUGUGAGACUUGGAGGCUCAAAGAAAUUUGGCUACGUCGAUUUUGCCUCAGAAGCCGAAAUGGAGAAAGCCCUGAAGUUCAAUGGAAAGAAGUUAAUGGGCUUGGAAAUAAAACUGGAAAAGGCAAAAAGUAGAGAGAGCAUGCAAGAGAACAAGAAAGAAAGAGACGCACGAACCCUGUUUGUGAAGAAUCUUCCUUUCAGCGUCUCCAAGGAAGACCUGCAAGAAGAGUUUGACAAUGCCAUGGAAGUCAGGCUGGUGUCCAGGGAUGGAAACAGCAAAGGGAUGGCCUACAUUGAGUUCAAGUCUGAGGCCGAGGCAGAGAAGACCUUGGAGGAGAAGCAAGGGUUGGAGAUGGGCGGCCGCGCCAUUGUGAUCGAUUACACUGGCGAGAAGAGCAGUCAGGACUCCCGGAAGGGCGGCAAGGGAGGACAGUCAGACUCAAAGACUCUUGUUGUCAACAACCUCUCCUACGAUGCCACCGAAGAAUCCCUUCAGGAAGUCUUUGAAAAGGCUUCGGCGAUCAGGAUCCCACAGAACAACCAGGGGAGGCCCAAAGGGUUUGCAUUUGUAGAUUUUGCCACAGCCGAGGAUGCAAAAGAAGCCAUGAAUUCGUGCAACAACACAGAGAUAGAGGGCCGGACAAUCAGACUAGAGUACAGCACACAAGGCGGGCAGAACAGGAACCAGGGCAGAGGAGGAUUUAGCCAACAAAGCAAGACUCUGUUCGUCAAAGGCCUGUCCGAAGACACCACAGAAGAGACCUUGAGGGAGUCCUUCGAUGGCUCUGUCGGCGCAAGAAUAGUCACCGACAGAGAGACCGGAUCCUCCAAAGGGUUUGGCUUUGUGGACUUCAGUUCGGCAGAAGACGCCAAAGCAGCCAAGGAAGCCAUGGAGGACGGAGAGAUCGAUGGAAACAAGGUGACCCUCGACUUCGCCAAGCCAAAGGGUGACGGGUCACGCGGAGGAGGCGGAGGCGGCUUCGGUCGCGGAGGCCGAGGAGGUGGAGGCCGAGGGGGCGGCAGAGGAGGAUUCGGCCGCGGAGGCGGAAGAGGCUUCGGAGGCCGAGGCGGGGGCUUCAGGGGAGGCCGAGGCGGUGGCGGCGACCACAAACCCCAAGGGAAGAAGAUCAAAUUUGACGACUGAGUGGCUUGCUUUGCUCGAAUCUGGAAGGACUCUGGCGUUUUCUUUUUUUAAUCCCUGACACCGCAAAAAUGACAGAGCCUCCGGAGGACAUUCCAAGGUGCGUCGCAGUCCACUCAGAGGUACUUGGAAAAAUACAAAACAGCGAAAAGAAACACAAAAAAAAACAGCCAUUUUGACUGCCUGGCUACGCAUACGAACUUUUUUUAAAAAGCAACAAAAAAUGUGGGAAUCGACCUGUGUCAGUGCUUUGUCCUGAAUUUAUAAUGUUUUACCCCCCAUGUAAAAAAACAAAAACAAAUUAACUUCCUUACACAUUUCUGUAGGUUUUUCUCCUUGUUUUUUUUUCCUUGCUGUAAAAAUGCAAAAUGUUUUAUCGUUUGUGUCUCAGCAUACUGUCUUGGACAGAUUAAAGGGCCUAAACAAGA